AUGGCACCUCGCGAUGCCAACUGGAUAGACGGCCUUCGAGGCGUCGCCUCCUUCAUGGUCGUGUGCGGCCACCUCUGCACCGCUUUCGUCCCAUGGCUUCACUCACCCGCCAACGAACCAAAUACCCGACCGCACCUCUUCCAACUCCCCUUCUUCCGCCUCGCCGUCGGCGGCCGCAGCGCCGUAGCCCUCUUCUUCCUCAUAACCGGCUAUGUCAACUCGAUAGGGCCAAUUGGGAAGUCUCGCGCCGGGAACACAGACGCAGCCUUCCAGGGCAUCGCUCGCAGUGCUCUGGCACGAUCGGGGAGAUUGGUACUGCCCACCAUGCUGGCUACCUUCAUCAGUUGGUUCUUGGCGAAUACGGGCGCAUACCAUAUGACCAAGCACGUCGACUCGACUUGGAUCCGUCAGGGGUGGCAUCGCCAGGAACCUACAAUGUGGGCUGCAUUGAAGUCGCUGGUACGAGCCGAGGUGGAGACAUGGACGAUUGGAUGGGACGACUAUGAUGGCACACAAUGGACUCUGCAUCUCUUCCUCGAAGGAAGCAUGCUGGUAUACACCACGAUGCUGGCGACCAUCCUCGUCAAACCCAAAGCCCGCUUCAUCAUCUAUGCCGUCCUGUACUUUUAUUUCUGGCAGCAAGGCGAGGGCCUCGCCAUCGGCGCCCUCAAGGGCCUCAACAUCGUCACGGGCAUGUUCGUCGCCGAACUCCACAACCACUUCAAAGACACCGCGACCUCCACUCUCCCCACCCCGGUCCCCGCCCUCCUCAUCCUCCUCGGCCUCUUCCUCUCCAGCUACCCGCAAGACGCCCAACAAAACGCCCGCUGGUCGCACCUCAUGCAGCGCCUCAUGGAAUCCGUGACGGUCAAGGACGCCGACGUGCGCCGCUACUGGGACCACCUCGGCGCCUCGACCCUCCUCCUCGGCAUCUUCUUCUCCCGCACCGCCCGCAACAUCCUCACCUCCCCCGUCUUCAACUUCCUCGGCCGCGUCUCCUUCCCCGUCUACCUCCUGCAUAAUACACUAAUGAAGUCCGUCCUCACAUGGAUGGUUUAUCUGCCCUCGGCCAUGAAUCCGCCGCGUAAUGAGAAGGGCGAGCAGAUGGAUCUGAGGCGCGGGUCGACACUGCACGUCGUUAUUGCUAUCGGAGUGUUUUAUUAUCUCCUGUAUAAGUUGGCGAGUCUCUGGGUGCAGUACGUCGAUCCCGUUUGCGCAAAGAUUGUCAAUGCCGCGACGAGGUGGGCGUAUGGCGAGGGGACCGCGCCGGCGAUGCAGAAUGGAGGGCCGAUGAUGAGGAAGGGGAGUGCGGAGAAGGGGGGUGUGUUGCCGGCUUAG